GAUAUCAUUCUUGCACGCAUUUCCGUUAUGAGUUUCAUUUUGGCGGCGAACCGCCCAUAAUCCCACGCUAUAAAACCAAAUAUCGAUAUCAGUUGGAAGUUCUGAAUGUCGGAGGGGGCAUGUUUGUUGUGUGCGUCCAUAACCUAUUUGCCCCCUGUAGGUAAUACUUCUGCACAAGAACAAAGAAACUUCAACGCUGGCUAUCAGUAAAAUGGGCAAGCAAACCACAUUCACACAAGAAAUAAUUUUGUACGCUAUCAGUGCUGCAGUGAGUUGCAUAGUUCUGUUUGUAGGGUUGAAACAGCUUGAUCCCAACAGAGGCGCUGCAAAGAAGGCUGCUGAUCGAAAGAAAGAAAUUGCAAAGAAGCUUGGCCGCCCAUUCGUCAAGACAAACCCUUAUGAGGAUAUAAUUGCAUGUGAUGUCAUCAAUCCAGAUGAUAUUGAUGUUUCCUUUGACUCAAUUGGGGGGCUUGAUGGAGUUAAACAAGCACUGCAUGAACUAGUUAUUCUCCCGUUACAAAGGCCUAAUUUAUUUGCACAUGGAAAGCUCUUAGGACCUCAAAAAGGAGUAUUAUUAUAUGGCCCUCCUGGAACUGGGAAAACAUUGCUUGCCAAAGCAAUAGCAAAAGAAUCUGGAGCAGUGUUUAUCAAUGUUCGGAUUGCUAAUCUCAUGAGCAAAUGGUUUGGUGAUGCCCAAAAGCUUGUGACUGCGCUAUUCACCUUGGCAUACAAGCUUCAGCCUGCCAUCAUCUUUAUCGAUGAGGUUGACAGUUUUUUGGGUCAACGGCGUUCAACUGAGCACGAAGUUCUUACAAAUAUGAAGACGGAGUUUAUGGCUUUGUGGGAUGGCUUUACCACAGAUCAGAAUGCUCGAGUUAUGGUGCUUGCUGCAACAAAUAGACCUUGGGAGCUUGAUGAUGCAAUCUUGCGUCGUCUUCCGCAAGCAUUUGAAGUAGGCAUGCCAGACUGUAAGGAGAGGGCAAAAAUCCUAAAAGUAAUUUUGAAGGGUGAAAAUGUAGAGGAUAAUAUUGACUUUGAUCAUAUAGCUAGCUUGUGUGAAGGAUACAGUGGUUCUGAUUUAACAGAACUUUGUAAGCAAGCAGCAUAUGCCCCAAUUAGAGAGAUGUUGGAGCAGGAAAAGACUGGCCGGAUAACUUCUCAGAUCCCAAGACCCUUAAAUCAGUCAGAUUUGGAGAGGAUCUUGUCAGUUUCAAAGUCAUCCAAGCUUGCAGCGAGUGAGUAUUCAAGUAGAAGACAAACUGAUUUACAGGGUCAGUCAGUGCCAUCCUCUGACCAAUCAGAGGUCACCCUAGCUGAUUUUCUGAAGUUUAUUUCCCUAGUUGGUGGCACUGCAGGCAGAAGAACUCAAGACCCUUGAUGAAAAUGGAACUGAAUCCCUCAGUGGUUGUGGGAGUGUGGCAAAAUUCAAACCCAUUAUACAGCAUCUUCUCACAUAGACUUCCUGAAACAAAGAUAUACUCUGAUGCAAUCAUAUUGAGUGGCUGCUUUUUUUCCGUGCGCUUUUACUGCCUUUUAGGCUUUUUGAGAUGUGCAUUUUUGUGUCUCUAUAAUUCAUUAAUGAGUAUGUACCAGUAGAGGUCACCAUCUCUUAAUCUGAAGAUCUCUCAGUAAAUUUUGCCUGACUUGAAUUAUUUCAAUAAUUAUAGAUUCUUUGUUAAUA